AUGCACCUUCCCCGUGAGGCAACCGUCCUCCUCAAGACGCCCGUGGCCAAUGAUUCCCUUUCGAUCUCUUUCCCUGCAGUAAAGCCAGUGACUCCACCAACCGUAUCCAUCACCACAACUGCCAUGGAGCUACUGAUCAUCGCGAUGCUGGUAGUCAGGGCAGCCGCAGGUAGGAAAAAGAGUGAAGAAAGAAGCCAAAGUUGGGUUGGCUUCUGCCUCUUCGGCUCGCGGCCCUACCAGGUGGCUCUCCUGAGGAACGGCCGCAUCUACUGUGGCGGGAGCUUGAUAGCCCCGAAGUGGGUGCUAACUGCUGCGCACUGCGGCAGACGGAUCAGACGGAUCAGCUCCCUGCGGGUGCAUCUGGGAGAUUAUAAUCUACGGGUGAAAGAACCCACAGAACAGAUACGAAGAAUCCACAACUUCUUCAUGCACCCUGGGUAUAACCUUCGUCCUCGUGACAACGACUUCAUGCUUCUGGAGUUGGAUGAGCCCGCUCAACUCAACAACUACGUGAACACAAUCAACGUGACGACCUGUUGUCCCUCUCCUGGAACACGAUGCAGUGUUUCGGGAUGGGGCACCAUCAAGUCCCCCAAAAGGCGGUUCCCAGCCAUCAUGCAGUGUGCAGAUGUCUAUAGCGUCAGCCAGGACAGGUGCCGGGACAUUUACCAGGGCAGGAUCACGGAGAACAUGUUCUGUGCUGGCGUGGAGCAGGGUGGCAUAAGCUCGUGCAAGGGGGAUUCAGGAGGCCCUCUGGUCUGCAACGGGCAGCUGCAGGGCGUGGUCUCCUGGGGGAAGUCUGUCUGUGCCCUGCCGGGACAACCCGGUGUCUAUGCCAAAGUCUGCAAAGCUGCCCAGUGGGUGAGGAGCACCAUAGGGAGGAAGUACCCAGAUCGGACUGAGAGCUCACAGCGUGUCACGCCUGCCACAAUAACCCACCAAUCACACGCCCCAGCCACGCCUCUCCUCAUCUCGCCGCGGUACCUGGGGGGUGCUGAAUGGGGUGGGGAGAGCUGGCCCAGGUGGAACGGGGAUGGGGGAGCUGCCGUGGGUCAGCCCAAAGCAGCCAACAGUUACUAG